AAGCAACACUAGUAGCCUGGUUUGCUUACUGAUAAUACAAGUCACACGAUUGCUCAAGCGAUUUAGCUCUAGAAAUUAGCUAGCUAGCCGGACAAGUUGUCAUAAAAAACGGCUCAUACCUAGUAAAACUUGAUCGAAGGGAGGCACAGACUUCUGUCUAGUCUGUAGCUCGUCUAUUUAGCUAUGUAGCUAGCUAACUAUCUGAAAAUUUGGGAGAGCUACAGCCAGUAUGGCUAGACUAGUUAGCCAACGGUAGUAAUAGUACAAUAGUCUGCUUUUUGUUAUUUUGUGUUAACAAUCAGUUUGUUGUUUGGUGGCUGUGAGGUAGCUACAUUGUAAGCUAACUACUUACGUUAUGCUCGAACAUCCAGGUUGUGGAACAAAAUAAACUCGCAUUUGAUUAGCUAUCUAAUACUGGCUACAAAAAUCAUGGAUGUGCAGUACCAAAUCAGAUUUUAAAUGUACUUGAUGAACGAAUAACGCUCCCGCGGAUUGAAUACAUCGAGGAAAGAAUGCAACCUGCAUUUCAUUGGGUGCCAAACAGGUCGGGCCCCUUGUCUCUGUAGGAAUGCCGAGUGGGGUGGAGUAUGGCGAGUUCGGGGGCAGCCUCCCGGCCAUCGCCUCCCUCAAUGCCUCCUACUCACAGACCUCGCAGUCCCUGCCCUCCCCGUACUAUUCGCCAUACGCGCCCGGGGAGCGCAGGGCCAUCUCUGAUGUACGCCGCACCUUCUGCCUCUUCGUGACCUUUGACCUGCUCUUCAUCUCCCUGCUGUGGAUUAUCGAGCUUAACAUCACAUCGACUAUCAGGGAGAAUCUGGAGAAGGAGGUCAUGCACUACAACUUCCAGUCAUCCUUCUUUGACAUCUUUCUCCUGGCACUAUUCCGCUUCUUAUGUCUUCAGCUGGGCUACGCCGCUUUCCGCCUGAGGCACUGGUGGGUCAUCGCGAUCACCACUCUGGUGACCAGUGCCUUCCUCAUUGCCAAAGUGAUCAUCUCCAAUUUGCUGUUCCAGAAUGCCUUUGGAUACGUGUUGCCCAUUACCUCCUUUGUGGUGGCUUGGCUGGAGACCUGGUUCCUGGACUUCAAAGUGCUAACCCAGGAGGCUCAGGAUGAGAGGGCAUACCUGGCCACCCUGAAUGCUGCGUGCGAACGUGGGCCCAUGCUGUACCCUCGUGCCGUGUCCGAUGGGCAGUUCUACUCCCCACCUGAGUCCAUGGCAGGGUCUGACGAGGAGCUGGACGAAGAGGGGCUGGGACGCCGAGCGACCACCGCUCAGGAGAAGGAAUUUGUGCGACAGGGCCGGGAAGCCAUGGCUGUGGUGGAGCAGAUACUGGCUCAGGAGGAGAACUGGAAGCUUGAAAAGAACAAUGAGCUGGGAGAUUCUGUGUACACCCUGGAGAUCCCCUUCCAUGGCAAGACCUUCAUACUCAAGGCCUUCAUGCAGUGCCCUGCUGAGCUGGUGUACCAGGAGGUCAUUCUGCAGCCCGAGAAGAUGGUCCAGUGGAACAGAACCGUCUCCGCCUGCCAGAUCCUGCAACGUGUGGAUGACAACACGCUGGUGUCGUAUGACGUCUCGGCUGGAGCAGCGGGGGGUGUGGUUUCACCUAGGGACUUUGUGAACGUGCGGCGGGUGGAGCGAAGACGGGACUACUAUGUCUCGGCGGGGAUGGCCACUGUCCAUGAUGCCAAGCCACCACACAGCCGCUACAUCAGGGGAGAGAACGGUCCAGGAGGGUUCGUGGUCCUCAAGUCCAACAGUAAUCCAUCUGUGUGCACCUUUAUCUGGGUCCUCAACACGGACCUCAAGGGCCGACUGCCCCGCUACCUCAUCCACCAGAGCCUGGCAGCCACCAUGUUUGAGUUCAUGUCCCACUUGCGCCAGCGGAUCAGCGACUUGCGUUCGACUCUGCGGUAGAGCACACCUGUUUACGCUACUCGCAGCGAACAGCUUGCUCCCAGGAUGGAAGGCAAACUACGCUGCCCGGACCUUUGGAACGGUUGACCAUGCCUUGAAAGUGCUGGGGCUGGAGGAAUCCGAAUGAACUGAAACUCAGCCCCCUACCAGAAUAUGACGCUGGCUGUUUGUCCAUCUGUCUGUCUGCGUGUUUUCAUCACUGAGAUCUUGACGGAGAGGAAAUCCAUUGAAUGGACUCUGAGAAGGAAAAGGAUCACUUUUCCCUCACACACAAACACACACACUUCCCACAGAUGGUCUCAUCUGUUGUUUAUGUAUGACUCUUGUGCUGGAAAGAUAUUUUUCCCCCCCUUCCAAGAUGAAGUCAUUGUCAUGUAGAAGGAUAACAGGUCUGAAUAUGACCUGACCUGGACUGAGUAGCAGUUAUGAACUGAACUAAGGGGGACUACCCCCGACUGACCUGUAGCCGAUCGUUUCAUGUACCCUGUGAUAGAGCGAAAGCAUCAGAGCCUUCACCAGCAGCACACGUUUUAACCCUGCAUGUUGGUGAGCGAUCAGCUGCCGUUUCUUGUCUUAACACGCUCUGUCUGUGCACCUGGCUGCCUGUCUCCAUCACUGAUCGACACUAUGCAUGUACAGAUGCUCAGCAGACUCCACUGAUAUCAUCACAUCCCCCUGCUUGCUGUGAUUCGGGCCACAAUGACGGCUAGGCUCCGUCCUCGGGCCACCAGGAAGAAAUGAGGUCACAGUAGAAGUCACAGGUGGGAUGGAGCCUUAAUCUGUGAACAAGCAUCAGGAAAUCAUUUCUGGUUGCAUUAUUUUUUUUCCACUAAUAUUUUUUUUUUAACAAAAUGAAGGCUUUGCCAAAAUCAUGUUUAUUAUUGUAGCUGAAUAAGGUUUUUUGUACUUGUACUUGAUGUAUUGUAUUAUGAUUUGAAUCACUUUAUUAUUAUGUUGAAUCACUUUCAGUAAUGCACAUAACUCACUUGAGGUUACAGAGAUCAGGCAUGUUUUGUUUUAGAUUGAAAUAUUGCAGGCUUUUUUUUUUAAUCCGAGGCGACCCCGUCAGGUUUUACAGGGCCCAAAUCAAACAUAAUAAAAUUCAGUCUAUUGAUUACUA